CAUCAGAGCACUGAUGAUCAGUGUGCCCUGAUGAUCAGUUUAGCCUCAGCAGUGCCACCUGUCAGUGUCCAUCAGUGCCAGCUGUCAGUGCUCAUCAGUGCCACGUGCCAGUGCCCAUCAGUGCCACAUAUCAGUGCCUACCAGUGAAACAAAAUGUAGCGCUAAUCGCUUGAUGUACAAAUAAAUCAAUGAUUUGUCAGGGCAGCAGUUGGCUGUCAGUGCCUACCAGUGCACAUCAAUGCCACAUAUCAGUGCACAUCUGAGCUGCCUUUCAGUGUCACCCAUCAGUGCCACCUAUCAGUGCCAAUCAGUGCCACCUAUCAGUGCCGCCUAUCAGUGCCAGUCAGUGCCGCCUAUCAGUGCCAGUCAGUGCCGCCUAACAGUGCCAUAUAUCAGUGCUGCCUUUCAGUGCCCAUCAGUG